UGCAAAUUAAUCGAAAAUUCAACAAUUUCAAUUGGCUGACAUCCUGCGGCCUUUUGGCGGCAGUAAAAUCAACAAAAUUGAUUCCACAAACUCAACAACUUCAACAACAACAGCAGCCAAAAAAUACAAUUUACGUUACGCGGCCGAAUUGCUCAAGUUUGACAAAAUUCAAUUCAUUAAAACGGAGGGUUUAACAUUCGCAUUGCUGGCGGGCCCCAUGGGCCAAGCGGCAAGUAUGUGUCGAUUUCGUGGUUGUCGCUACAAAAAUAAGAACAAAAACAGCAAACAACAACAGCAGCAGCAGCAGCAACAACAACAACAGCAACAGCAUCAGCAACAACAACAGCAACAACUAACACCAACCCAUAGUCCUCAGAUACAGCAUCAUUCUGAGAUAAUCCCAUCUACAACAGGCCUGCAUCUGCGGAGCAUUGAGGAGCCAGCAACGACGCCGCUCCAGUUCCAGCCAGCAGGCAGGAUGAACGCGGAGCAGGGGGGCACGGGGUACGGCGGCUACGGUUCCAGCGAGCACUCGCUGCUCAUCGCCACACGCCACGCCGGUGUCCCCCUGCCCCUUGCUCAGCAACAGUCACUCCCCGCCCACUAUCAGCCGCUGAACCACUCCGGUCCAGCCCCACAAUCCUCCUCUUCAGCCACAUCCACCACCAACGGAUCAUCCUCUUCCACUGGCGGACAUCCCACGUCAGUGUUGCCACAGCAGCAACACCAGCCGCAGUAUCAGUUGCAACAGCAGUACCAGUACCAGUACCAGCAUCACUAUCAUCACCAGGCCAACUCGCCACAGCACCACAGACCCUACGAUCCGGAGCAUGCGCGGAUGGAGGCCUGGUUGGAUGAGAAUCAGGAAUUUGUACAGGAUUAUUUUAUAAGGAAAGCCACACGUCAAACGGUGGAUGCCUGGCUGGUCUCACAUGCCACCUCGGCGGGCAACGAUGUGGUUAGCAGUACCUCACCCACCCACGCCAACGGACAGACGAGCUCCUCGAGGGGCGGAUCAGGAGCAACCACACCAGUGCGAAAAAUCUCUGCUCACGAGUUUGAGCGCGGAGGCCUAUUGAAGCCGAUUGUCAACACCAUCGACGGCACGCCCACAUUUUUGAGCAUUGGUCCGCCUUUGGACAAUGGCGGUGUUGGUGGCAGCUGUGGCAAUCUGCAGAACGUCGGCGGAGUCGUGGCCGGACAGUAUCAGUAUCAUCAUCAGUACAACCAUCCGCAUCUGCACCAUAGCCAGCACAGUCAUUAUCAAGCAGGCGGAGCCGUUGGCAGCAGCAGUUUGGGCAGUGGCAUUGGUGGAGCGGGAGGAGCACCCGGAAUGGGUGGCAGUGGUGGAGCCGGAAAUAGCCAUCAAUAUCAAUAUUAUCAUUGCCACCAGCGACCACAGCGGCUGUCACGCAACGAGCUUAAACAGCUUGAUGAAAAAGAGUUGAUUUUUGAACUGGUAAAGGAUAUAUGCAACGAGCUCGAAGUGCGCACUUUGUGCCACAAGAUACUCCAGAAUGUGUCCAUAUUGCUAAAUGCCGAUCGAGGAUCUCUGUUCCUGGUGCAAGGACGUUGUAAUGGACCCGAUGGACUCAAAAAAUGCCUCGUCUCCAAGCUAUUCGAUGUAUGCCCCCGUAGCACCGUGGAGGAAAUGGAACAGCAGGACGAGGUGCGAGUGGCCUGGGGAACAGGAAUUGCAGGGCAUGUGGCCGAAAGUGGAGAGCCCGUCAACAUACCAGAUGCUUACCAGGAUGAGCGAUUCAAUUGUGAAAUUGACUCGUUGACCGGCUAUCGGACGAAGGCCUUGCUCUGCAUGCCCAUCAAGGAUUCAUCCGGGGAUGUGAUUGGCGUGGCGCAGGUCAUCAACAAAAUGAAUGGCGAGUGCUUCUCCGAAAUCGAUGAAAAGGUCUUUGCCUCGUAUCUGCAGUUCUGUGGCAUUGGCCUGCGCAAUGCACAGCUGUAUGAGAAAUCUCAAUUGGAAAUCAAGCGGAAUCAAGUGCUUUUGGAUCUGGCUCGCAUGAUCUUCGAGGAGCAGAGCACCAUCGAGCACAUGGUCUUCCGCAUCCUUACCCAUAUGCAGAGUCUCAUCCAGUGCCAGAGGGUUCAGAUCCUUUUGGUCCAUGAGGCUGAUAAGGGCAGCUUUUCGCGAGUCUUUGACUUCGAAGCGAAUGACCUAAGUGAGGAGGAAGCCACCUCACGUACCAGUCCGUAUGAGUCCCGGUUUCCCAUCAACAUUGGGAUUACUGGGCAUGUGGCAACCACUGGGGAAACCGUUAAUGUACCCAAUGCCUACGAAGACGACCGAUUCGAUGCCAGUGUGGAUGAGAACUCCUGCUUCAAGCAUCGUUCUAUUCUCUGCAUGGCCAUCAAGAAUUCGCUGGGGCAGAUCAUCGGAGUUAUCCAGCUGAUUAACAAGUUCAAUGAGUUGGACUUCACCAAGAACGACGAGAACUUCGUGGAGGCGUUCGCCAUCUUCUGCGGCAUGGGCAUCCACAACACGCACAUGUACGAGAAGGCCAUCGUGGCAAUGGCCAAGCAGAGUGUCACCCUGGAGGUGCUCAGUUACCAUGCAUCUGCCACCAUGGACGAGGCUCAUCGGUUGCGGCGCCUUCGGGUUCCUUCAGCUGUACAUUUUCGACUACAUGACUUCAAAUUUGACGACAUACACUUUGAAGAUGACGAUACAUUGAAGGCCUGCCUUCGCAUGUUUUUGGAUCUCGAUUUUGUGGAACGCUUUCAUAUCGACUAUGAAGUCCUCUGCCGUUGGCUCUUGAGCGUCAAGAAGAACUAUCGAAAUGUUACCUAUCACAAUUGGCGGCAUGCCUUCAAUGUGGCCCAAAUGAUGUUUGCCAUUCUAACUACCACGCAAUGGUGGAAGAUCUUUGGAGAAAUCGAAUGCUUGGCUCUUAUUAUUGGCUGCCUGUGCCAUGAUCUCGAUCAUCGAGGAACUAACAACUCCUUCCAGAUUAAAGCCUCGUCGCCCUUGGCGCAGCUGUACUCAACCUCCACCAUGGAACAUCAUCACUUUGAUCAGUGCCUGAUGAUCUUGAAUAGUCCUGGAAACCAAAUCCUGGCUAAUCUGUCCUCCGAUGACUACUGUCGGGUUAUAAGAGUGUUGGAAGAUGCUAUUUUAUCCACUGAUUUGGCAGUGUAUUUCAAGAAGCGAGGUCCUUUCUUGGAGAGUGUGGAGCAGCCUGUGAGCCAUUGGGUGGCCGAGGAGCCGCGCGCUCUUUUGCGUGCCAUGAGCAUGACUGUCUGUGAUUUGUCGGCCAUCACGAAGCCGUGGGAGAUUGAGAAGCGUGUGGCCGAUUUGGUUAGCUCGGAGUUCUUCGAGCAGGGUGACAUGGAGAAGCAGGAGCUCAACAUAACUCCAAUUGAUAUCAUGAAUCGAGAGAAGGAGGAUGAGUUGCCCAUGAUGCAAGUUAAUUUUAUUGACUCCAUUUGCUUGCCCAUCUAUGAGGCCUUUGCCACCCUGUCCGACAAGUUGGAGCCUCUUGUCGAGGGCGUGCGCGAUAAUCGCGGCCAUUGGAUCGAUCUGGCCGAUGUUGUGAAAACCAAAACUAGUCAGGAUCAGGAGCCAGAGGUGCAGCAGCAGAAAAAUGUGAUAUCGAACGGUGACUGCAAGCCGAUGAGUGAUGAUGAUGUGGCAGCACCGGAAGCGGACUCCCAGAGCGAGCAAGCAAGCGUAAAUGGCCCCAACGUUGCCAACAACAGCAGCACCACUAAUAAGAACAUUGCCGUCGCUUCUAAUCCCACCAGCACCCAGCCCAGUGAUGAUGAUGAUGCGGAUGCGAAUGCGAGCGAUAAACAGGUCGCCGAGGAAAAUGGUCACGACGCAGAAGUAGAAGAGGUCUCCUGUCGCUCGAACAGCACCUGCAGCUCAUCGACCGCCUCCAGUCGGUUGUCUACGCCACCACCCACCGGCGAGGAUGACAGCACACCAGUAUCGCCCUCGAAAACCCUGCAGGCCAAACUGGUGGCAGCCAAUUUAAAUGCAUUGCAAAGGCAGUCAUCCAAUCAGGUUCAAGCCCAGAAGCAGCGUUGCAAGAGCUGCGACCAUUCCCGCAGCGGGCUGCAGGUUCGCAAGACGAGCUCCCUGCGUGGAGCUCAGGAACUGGAACUGGAUAGUAAGGCAAAGAAUGGAACACACGCUGCUCUCUGCAAAAGCACGCCCGUGAUCAACAACCAUAGCCAUCAUCAUAGUCAUAGUCACAGCCACAACCACAACCACCAUCAUCAUCAUCACUCGCAUCACAAUCACGGCCAGCAUGGGAUCGGGAUUGGCAGUGCCAGCAUUGGCGGUAGUGGGUUAAUCAGUCUGGCCACACCGCUGCUGGCGACGGACAGUGAUAGGAUACCAAAAAUCGUGGGCAAAAUUGGAAAUCUCGAUGGUCUGCCCUUUGCCAAUGGCAUUGGAGUCCCACAAAAUGGUCAUGGGUUGCCCUUCGGCAGUUACCAGCAUCAUCAUCAUCACCAUCAUCAUCAUCUCCUGGCGCGUCGUCAUUCGGAGACAAACAGUAAUGGGGCCACCGCUGUGGCGGCCGAAAAAUAAAUACAUCCCAAUCUGGUGUGUUCCUAGAAACUCUGAAACAGAUAAAGGACUUAAUAUUGAAACCCUGAAAAUUCAUAAACCAUCUUUGUGAAGCAAGGCACUUGUUUUGGUUUUUGCUCUUCAAAAAGUGUUUCUGGACCACAUUAGCAUAUCUUCAAUAUGUACAUAGUUUUAUCCACAUCAUCUACUCUAUAUCGCAACACACAACCACACCCACUCUCAUCUUGUAUAUAACAUCCACUUUGAGCAACAGUAUCGCAGUGCAGUAGGAAGGGAUAAUAAGGAAUAAAAAAUAAAAAACACACACAUACCAUAAGCAAAUUGUGGCACAGCAAUUUGAUAGCCUACAAACUAAAACUAAAUAGAAAGAUUCCUAUAAACGUAUGUAAAUCGUAUAUGUAUACUUAUGUAUGUGUAUAUUUUGAUCUGUGUGUGUUUGUAACUUAAAUUUUAGUUCGUAUCGUCAGCGUUAGUUAAUGAUAAUGCAAAGAAGUCAAAUUCUCUAGAUGUUUAAGCACCAACCAAGAAAAUGAAACAAAAUAUGAAUUGUACCAAAAAAUGGCAGAGUAGUGGAUUCUCCUAAUUGUCGUUUGCUUGCAAGUAACGCUCAUCUUCUAUGAAACACAGCAAGGAUAAAAGUAUUGUAAUGUCCCCAAAACACAUACAUAUACGAGUUAGUACGAUAACACUGUAUAACUGUAAAACGUUAGUUGAAUUAUCUCUAUGGGUACCAAAAGUCUAACUUUAGUAGCAUUAACCAACCGCUUAGUGAUGAUGUUAGCUGUCGAGUAACGAGAAAAACCGAACCGAUCGCGAACCUAGAUUAGAAAUAGUAACCGCUCUUAAUACACCAGAAACCGGAAAACCAACACUAAGCGCUUUGAUUUACCCCAUCUCUGCGCUCUUUUCGAAUUUAAAUAAUUGUAAUAUUAUGCGAUAAUAAGAAAUGUAUUUGUAUCCAAAUAUGUACUCGAUGGCCUCAAUGGGCUGGCCUAAUAUGCAAAACCCAGACCAUCUUGGAAGCAUACAUCCUUGGGACAUCAGCACGUCUAACGUUCUGUAUUUGUCACUGGGAACUAAUGCUCGUACAUAUUCUGCAGAUGCGUCUAUAUAAAUUCAUAUAAUCCUUCUUUAGAUUAAAUUGUACUUUGUGAGUUUUGUUAUUUAUUGUCGGCAUUAUAGAGAAACCUAUCGAAAAUACACAAAAUAUUUGCUGUAACGGACCAUGUUCAAUAAGCAAAACUAAAUAAAGCAACAUAAUAUCUAAAAA